GAACGGGAUGAUCUACAUCCGCGGCGGAAAAAGGUUUAUGGCCUUUGAGUGCUCUGACGGGUUCACUUUGAUCGGGGAGAAGUAUAUGGUCUGUAAGGGAGGUCGCUGGGACACACCAGCACCGAUGUGUGUUAAGCCAGGUUGUAUUGAGCUUCCAUCAGUUAAACAUGGAUUCUAUUUAUAUGGUAACGACAAAGCUGCUGCUUCGGUGUACUGUAGUUCUGGAUUUCAACCGGUAGGAUCGCUGCAUAGUUUCUGCAACGGAACUCAUUGGGAUAGGACAAUUGGGAAAUGUCAACUCAUGACGUCGAUAGCAUCAACAAGCUGUGACUUUGAAGUUGUUGACUGGUGUGGGUGGACGAAUGAGCCAACGCAGGCGCUCAGCUGGAAGCGAAGUUCUGGAACUGUUUCAAUGCAAGCUCUAAAAACAGGUCCUAAACAGGAUCAUACCGUAGGAGUACCUCUGAAUGGUCACUUCAUGAUAGUUGAUUCUACGGAACAAGUUACUAAUGCUUCUGCUCGCCUAUUAUCUCCCAUCUAUCCGGCAAAUUACAGCUUGAAUAGUUGUUUUCGAUUUUUCUAUCACAUGUAUGGAAACUCGGUUGGUUCACUCGCGGUCUAUCUUGAACCGACAUCGGCGUUAAUGUCGGAAAAACAGACUCUUUUCUAUCUUUCGGGUAGACAAGGUAAUGUUUGGAAAGAGGGUUAUUUCGAUUUGCCAGAGCAAACUACGAGUUUUCAACUUGUAAUUGAAGCUACACCAGGAAUGCGUUUCGGGAGUGACAUAGCAAUCGACGAUAUUGAAUUGAUAAAUAAUGCUCGUUGUUUAACGGAACAGCGAUCGACGUCAGCAUCUUCUGAGGUGUCGGCGUCAGGUGUUACUGAAACAUUUGAUAAUGGCACGUGCAAGAACCGGUGUGGGCAGAAUGCUUCUAUUUCAACCGAUGCAAAGAUUCAAAGCGUUACUCAAUGCAGCUGCAUUGAUCAGUGUAUGGAAAAUCAAUCAUGCUGUCUGGAUUUUGUGGAGCUAUGCGUUUUGACAGAUCUUGAUGAGAAAAAUGAAACUUUGGAGUAUAGUUCUACACCUGCCAGUGAUUUUCGAACAUCAUAUUUCAAUGAAUCUUUUACAACAAGUGUUUUGCCAAGUGAAUAUUUAGAAAUUGGCUCCUCAACUGAAACAAUGAAAAGGCAAACCGAUCGUCUUUUAGAACCUCCUGCUGUAAUGACGUUGGCAAUUUUGAUUCUAAUAGUUGGACUCCUGUUGACAGUAACAGCAGGGUUUCGUCAUUUGAAGUGUAAAUCAAAGGAGCAUUCAAAGAAUGUGCUGGAAUCUAUACACUUUCUCGCUGCUGAUGAGGAAGUAUUCAUAAAUGACAACAUGCCAGAUGAAUUGAUGUGA